CGAAAGUUAUUGGAUUAGUUUUCUUAGUUCUUUAAAGUUUAUUUAGUCUUCAAUGAAUUCUUCGAUUUCCCGUCAAUAAAACGGAUAGAAGCUGCAAUGUUCACAGAGAUACAGAUUCCGGUACCAUGGGGUCACAUAUCCGCGCUUUGGUAUGGCGAUCGGUCGAUUCAACCGCUCAUCGCGCUACAUGGUUGGCUCGAUAACUCUGGCACUUUCGCGAAAUUGGCACCGUUGCUCGUCGAAGCCGCCGGCAGUGUGCUCUGCAUCGAUCUACCCGGACAUGGUCGUUCUUCGCAUCUACCUGCUGGAAUACUCUAUCAUAUCUCUGAAUUUAUACGCGUACUGACACGUCUAAUGCAAUAUUAUAACUGGUCGAAAAUAUCGCUGUUGGGCCACUCAAUGGGAGGCGGGGUGGCACUUUACUUUGCUUCCCUAUAUCCAAGCAAAGUCGAUUUGCUGAUUAGCAUUGAUGUGGUCAUAAGACGUUUUAGGAAGCCAGAUUUCGUGGUAAAAACGUUACGCUACACAAUGGAAAAGGCGUUGCGCGACAAUCAACGACUCGUCGAUAACACUUCAAACGAAGAACCACCAAGCUACACGUUUGCUGAAUGUGAGCGCCUGCUGUACGAGGCUUCCGGUCGUUCGAUUUUGCUGGAAAACUGUAAAUACAUUUUGGAGCGCAGCAUAAGCAAAUCGCGUAAAUUUGCCGAUAGAUAUUACUUUUCACGCGACACACGCAUCAAAUACUUAGUGGAUCAACAGUCCGAGGAGGCGCUCGGCAAAGCCAUGACUAUGCGUAUUUGUGCGGCAAAAUUGCCUUAUAUGGUCUUAAAAGGUGGUGCUUCAAGUAAUAUCGGUCCGGACGCGAUGAAGCUAAUCGGUUUGCUGACUGAGAAUAAUCCGAACUUUGAAACACAUCUGAUUGAUGACGGCUUACACCAUUUCCACCUGAAUCAGCCCGAAGCUACAGCAAAUUUGAUCAUACCAUUUCUGAAGCGCUAUCGUCCACAGCCACAGACCGACGGCGCGCAGUCGUAUGUUGGCAGUGAGUUGCGGUCAAAGGCUAAUUUGUGAACUUGAAUUUUCGGCUUUUAGUUUAAUUUGUAAUUAAAGCUUGUGGUUCAGUUAUUAAAUUGUGUA